AUGACAAACAUAGAGCAGCAGUCCUCUACCAAGGCUGCUACUUCAUCGUCCGACUCAACAACCACUAGUACCACCAGCACCGCAACAACAUCAACAACAACAUCAACUCCACUGUCAGCAUCUCAGUCAAUACAUACAAAUUCGAUCCAAGAUGAUGUUUUAAUAAGCAAUUUUAAUAGUCCGUUACCCCCUGAUCAUCUUCCUAGAGUUGAUAAUCCUCAUCUUCGGAUUCAAAUUCCUUCAUCAAGUGAUCACUUAUCUAAUAUAUCAGUUAAUCAAGGUCAUGCCGCACCACCCCCACAACAACAUUCAUCGGAUGUAUUCAAACAACCACAUGGCUUAGGGGCACCAUUAUCAUUCUCAUCUCCAACUGCUGCAUUCAGCGAUUCUCCUUCUAAAGCUUCAUUUGAUAAAAUAACAGAACUACCAACUCCAGUUCUUAAUAAUGGUUCUUUUGAUGGAAAUUUUAAUCUAUCAUCAUCUCCACAAGAAGUCCUUCUACCAGAAGCAACAUCUCCUUUAAAAAUUGAGAAGAAUAGAAGUCCUAAAUAUGUUCAUACUAAUAAUAAUAAUCAUCAUAAUAAAUUGGAUUUAAUAUCUUCUCCGCAAAGAAUAUUAUCUGAAUAUAAACCAAUUCCUGCUUUAGGAAGAAAAAAUUCAUUGAUAGAUCAUUCUGGUCCUUUGAUGGCUCCAAAAAGAAUCAUAUCAAAUCCAAUACGAACAUCACCAAGACCUGGUUCUUCUUCUGGUACGACCCCAACACCUCCUCCUUCAACUCCACCUUCAUAUUUAAAAACAUUCCCUACUCCCAUCCAAGGUCAUGAGGAAGAUGUAGAACUUCAUCAUCGCAAUGAAACGGAAACUACUGUUCCUGCAAUUGAUCAUAAAUAUUCAGACAGAUCUUUUUAUUCCCCUAGAUUGAAUAAAUCCUUCAAAUUUGUAAAAGAAGUUGGUUCAGGAAACUUCAGUACUGUAAUCUUAACUCAAGAUACUUCUGAUGAAAAUAAUUUAUUAGCCAUAAAAGUCAUAUCAAUCCCUACAGAUAAUGAAAAUCAAGUACCUAAUUUCAAAUCGUUUUUAAAGAGAGAGUUGAAUAUCUUAUACCAAGUCUCACAUCAUCCAUGUAUUACUCAACUAAUCGAUUAUGAUGUUACAUUUAAAAUAUCCCCUCAAGAAGUUGAAUCCACUUUAAAUAUUGAUAGUGAAGAUAUUGAAAAUGAUGGUUUUGAAUUCAAUAAACUCAUGGAAAACAAUAAUCAAUUAAUAUUUUUGAAAUACUGUCCUGGAGGCAAUUUACUACAAUAUUUUAUGAAUCAUAGGCAAUCAGACCACAUCAAUGAGUUAUCUUACUGGGUAAUUGUAAAACGUAUCAUUUGUGAAUUAAUCGUUACAGUAUGCCAUUUGCACCUGGUGAAUAUCAUCCAUCGUGAUAUCAAAUUAGAAAAUAUUCUUUUGAAUUUCACAGCUGAAGAAAUGAUUCAGUUAAUUAAUACCAAUGAAAAUUUACCUAGUUUUAUAAAUCUUUCUGAUUUUGGAUUAUCUAAGAAACUAAAAUACCCAGAUCAGUUAUUAUCGACUAGAUGUGGUUCUCAGGACUAUAUAUCUCCUGAAAUCUUGAUGGGAUUGAAAUAUAAUGGGAAGUUAACUGAUUCUUGGUCAGUAGGAGUUUUAAUCUACGCUAUCUUAGAAGAACGAUUACCGUUUGAUUUACCUUCAUUGGACGUAUUGACUGCGUCUGGUAUAUCGCCAUCAGUGAUCAAACGAAGAAGAUCUAAGAAUAGUUCUGCUCAUAGAAUUGCAAUGAUUGAUUGGGAUUGGUUUAAGGUUAAUGAAUAUCUUAAUGAUGAUUCUAAUAUAAAUGCUGAUAUUAAACAAAUAAUCACUCAAUUGAAAUCGAUUGUACAGGUUUUGUUAGUUAGAAGGGAUAAACGGAUAACUGUAACCGACAUCUGUACCAACAAUGAGUUUCAUUGGAUUAAGGAUUUCUUACCACCAGCAUUGUAUGAAUCUAUACAAGUGUAA